GCAGGGUGGCACCCUUUACGCAAAGUUACUGAGCCUUAAAAAUCAGUACGAGGACAAUCAGGAGAGUCGAGGGGCUUGACCCUGACACUGUCGCACAGGCCAAACGGCGGCGAGAAGAGAAAAGACAGCGAGAACCAACCCCACUGAUCCUGCCAACUGCUGUCCCCGGGCCAAACUUAACUGUAACUGAUACCUUCACUUAACUGCGCGCUGGACAAUCCCCCCGCCGGCCCCGCGCCGCCAUGCCAGCGAUCAUCGGAUGUCGCGGUGGCCGCCCGGCGCCGCCGAAGGAAUGAGACGCAUGCCGGGAUGCACCCGCGAUGAUGGCAGCGUAGGACACUGGGGAGGCCUUGAGCUGACGAAAGAUCGGUCUCAGUGCGCCGAGGCCGAGAGACCAUCCGAGCCCAGCGCUGCCGUUUCCUUGUUCGCCGAGCGAUCCGCCAGCCACCACAGAAAGCGCAACGCAUCGUCCUGCCGCAAGGCUCAGAGGCCAUCAUUGCUGGCGAUGAUGGGAAGAAAGGCCUUUGGCGGGACGUGCUGACAGUGAGCAUAUGCAUUACGAUGCCCUCGGAUCUUCCGCCGCAGUACGGUGCUGCCGCUUGCAGUUUGCUCCGAGCGAGGUCCGGU